GCUGUAAACAAUGUGCCUCCUCCUCCACUUCGCAGUUUACCAACAUUGAAAAUGUCUAAGUACAUUGAUUAUGGCCAGUUGAAUGCAUUGUGCCAUAUAAGAGGACUACAAUCCAGUAUUCAACUCUAGCUCUUAUUACCUAUCUCCAGGACUACCACAUUUACAAUUAAAGUUCCAUUCUCAAGUCUCUUCUUAUCUUAAUUCCUCAAUGUGUACUACAACAAAGAGUUCUUGCAGUGUGCUGUCAGCUCAUACUAUGUUUAUAAAGCAAUAUCCUAAAAUAUUCCUGCAGAAAAAACACAGACUGCCUAAAAUUUUCAAACAGGAGGGAAAAAGAAAAUCUAUCGAAGACACAGUAGAAUAUGAACCCCAACAACCUGAUGAAUCUCACAAUAUAACUAUCCAUGUUAAAAAAGCACGUGGUGGCCUUACUUUAUAUAAGCCCCCAAAAUUAGAAGAGAAGUUGGUAGAAUUCCUGGAUAUUUUAAAGAAAUUGCCCAUUUAUAGGACAUUGCAUGAACACAAAACUGUGUGGAAAAUGCUGAAAACAAUUCCAGAUUUGACCUGUCAACUACCUGAGGAGCAUCUGAAAACUCUUAGUAAGAGUGUCAUUUCCGAAACCUGGGUAAAAGGCAGUACAGUGGUUGGAAAUGAUGGAUUUUAUAUAAUACUGAAAGGCUCAGCUCGACCUCAAACAAAGGUACACGGAAAUAUGAUUGAAGAAAAUGAGUCAACAGCCUCUUUCAUACCUCAGAGUUUUCAAGAAUUUGUCAGUGAAGACUUCAAAAACUUUAUAUUUGCUGAGAUGCACACACCUGCACGUGACGCAACACUUCGACAAUGGAGUACCUUUGGAACCCUGGAAGUUGCAGCUCAGACCAAAUCAGAAACAAAGGAGCACUCGGUGAUCACAGAAGAAGAUUGUGAAAUUCUUAAAAUCCCUGCAAAGGAUUAUGCAAGGUUAAAAUCGGAAAAAAUAAAACUUGAAAAUAAAGAAAAGGUGAAAUUAAUUCGUAAAUGUCCAUAUUAUGAAGAGUGGCCCACUUUAUCCAUAUAUGAACUAGUUGCACUCAUUAAAUGGAAAAAAUUUCCUCCAGGUCAUGUGAUAGUGGAAAGUGGAAAGAUAAUUUCUUUUGUGGCUUAUAUUAAUUCUGGAUAUUGUGACAUUUAUAGAAAUAUUGUAGGACUUACAAAACUACAAUCAAAAAAAGUGAAAAAAAUUCAAAAACUUGUUUAUAUGGGUAGACUUCAGGAGAAGGAGUCCUUUGGUGAAAUUAGCGUUCUUCUUCAAGUUCCUUUCACAUGCACAAUAGUUACUGGAAAAGAGGUUGAGAUGGCAAUCAUUGAAGAUAAGGACCUAUUUGAAUUAGACCCAGUGACCAAGCAACUUAUGCUCCAUACAGCUAAACCAACUUUUGGCCAUCUGACAGAUGACGAUGUCAAAAAUGAAUAUUUGCAAAGGGAACAAAAAAAGGAAUGGAAAAAUUUCAAGGAUAAAACAAUGAAAAACUCCUUGUAUUAUAAUGGAAUUAUCCCAGGCUUUGGAAAAUGGGACCAUUGCUGGACCAGCAUUCCUAGGAAUCUCAAGGAUACUCUAGUCAGUUAUUAAAGAUAC